AUGGCGAAGGAAAGUGGUUGGGAAAUUGUGAAAGCUACGGAUCCGAGUGAGGAAUCAUGGGAGUGGAAAAGGCGAUGUGAAUGCCGGAAAUUGAUGGUUGGAUCGAUCGGAGAAGUGCUCCGGCGAGGGAGAAGGAAUGGCGCACACAGAAACAGCGAUAGAGAGAGAAAGAGAAAGAGAGAGAGGAGAGAGAGAAAGAGAAAGAGAAAGAGCGAGAGAACGAUAAUUAAGGGACCUAUACAACUUUUGGAUCGAAUGUACAAGGGAUCCACAGAGAUG